CUGACUAUGACAGUGUUAUAUGAAGUACAAACACCCGUUUAGGCAGAAUGUCCAAGGAUCAACACAACACAACUAAGUCAGUCAUGAAGUCAACUAGUAGAUUAGGCUGAUUGGGGAUUUGAGAGAAAGGAACAGGGGGGACGGGGGGAGAAGUUUAAGAAACUUAAAAAAUUACAGUUAAUUAAAAGAGAAGAGAAGAUGGUCUUUGUUUAGUCAGGAGCAGAAGUGGACAAGCAGCGGCUUACUGGAUUACUGGGAGCGUCGCUGGUCAUGUGAGCCAGCAUGGUCUACACUGACCCUGCUUACCGUCUCUCAGAAAGGAAGCUUAACCUGGCUGUGAAUGUGAAGUCUCACACAAACACACAUGUUCCUGCCUGAGCAUCCUUCAAUCCCCCGGGACAGACCUUAAAUGACUUCCCAAUCUCUCUUCGGCUUCCUUUCUUUCCUCCGUUAUAUCUUUCCAUCUUGGUUUUUCACCCUCUCUUCCUCUCCCAACACCUUUUAAUUAUCUUGUCUAUUUCUGGCCUUUCAUCUUCUUCUCUCCCUCCCUCAGUUUGUUUUUUUUUUCUUCUAUCUGCCUCCUCCGGAUGUCAGGAGCCUUUUAGUUGCACGUUAUACAUGAACAGCUCUUCUAUGCUCUCAUAAAUCCUGCAGGAUUCUUUGUAGGGUUUUCUUUUUGUAUUUUUUUUUUCUGCGACAGUAAAGAAUAUAACUGAAGACAGAAGAAUAAAGCAUUUCACAGCCAGGAGCAGAAACUCAGAUGUUGGCCUGACAAAAAAUUAAGACUAAAUACAAGAACAUAAAACGAAAGAUGACUGGCAAGGACAGCCUGAACAGCUGAGCUACUUCAAUGGAGUGGACUGAACUGCCUUUCUGUCCAGAUACACAACCUCAACCAAAACUGAAACACAUCAAUCAUCUGACUCACUCUACGUUUUCAUCAUCCCUCCUCCUCCUCUUGAUUGCUGCCUUCGCUGGGCUUUGUAAUGCCGGUCCACCUCAGCCUGCCCGUCCACCUCUCCUGACUGGACAACCUUUUAUCAUCUUCUGGGGCAUCAGUGACUCUUCCUGCUCCAACCGGAUAGAUCCCACCUCUUUCAGCAUGGAACGAGAGGGGCGAGUAGCUGUCUUUUAUGAAAAUACAUUGGGUAACUACCCAUACUUUAUAGACAAAAACACACCAGUUAAUGGGGGGCUUCCACAGCACACGCGCUUGGACAGCCACGUCCAGAAGACACAGCAAGACUUGGAGGCAGCUUUACCAGCCCCCAGGUAUCUUGGACUUGGGGUGCUGCGCUGGGCAGAGUGGGUACCCCAGUGGUCCAGGAACCGAGAGAAACAAGCAAUGUACCAGGAGGCAUCGAGGAAACUGAUGAAGACUUUUUUCCCCAGCUGGACCACUGACGAAGUGGAGAAGUGGUCACGGGUGGACUUUGAGGCUGCAGCUCAGUCGGUUAUGGUGGAGACUCUACGGGAGGUCAAAAGGUUGAGGCCCAAAGCGUUGUGGGGAUUCUCCUCUUACCCCAGCUGUUACAACAGGGAUCCUCCUCAAACACAGUUAACCAAUUACACCGGCCAGUGCCCUCCUGCAGACAUGGCCCUCAACGAUGAGCUUAUGUGGCUAUGGAAACGAUGCUCAGCUCUCUACCCCUUCCUGACCCUGCAGAAGUUGCAG